AUGAAUCCAAAGAUUUCUGAUUUUGGCAUGGCAAGAAUUUUCAAGCAAAAUGAAGUGGAAGCAAAUACUAAUAGAAUUGUUGGGACAUACGGUUACAUGUCCCCCGAAUAUGCUAUGGAGGGUGUGUUCUCUAUAAAAUCAGAUGUUUAUAACUUCGGAGUUUUAAUGCUUGAAAUCGCAUGGGAUUUAUGGCAAGAAGGUAAAGGGCUAGAGUUAGUUGAUCUGACAAUGAGGGAGUCAUGUGUCGAAUAUCAAGUACUGAGAUUCAUUCACGUUAGUCUCUUAUGCGUGCAAGAUGGUGCAAUUGAUCACCCUACCAUGUCAGAUAUGCUAUCUAUGUUGACAAAUGAAAGUACACAAUUACCUUUACCUAAAAAACCAGCUUUUUCUAUUGGAAGGAAAUCAAUUGUGGCAAAUAUUCCUAACGAAGAACCUGAAGUUUAUACGGCGAACGACUUGUCCAUUACUGAUAUGGAUCCCUGA